CUACUACAGGAAGAGUUAGAGAAAUUAUUUUCAAUGAUAUAUCACAUUCAGCAACCAUUUUCUUAAGUGAUGGCACUAAUAAUAAUGAAAAUUUGGACAUACCUAAAGUGGUUCUAAUUUCUGAAGAAACUUAUCAAAAAAUAAUUAAUGAUUUAGCUAACUUAAAUGAGAAAAAAUCUAUUAUUAUUGAAGAUAACGAUGAAAACGAUACAUUAAAUUUUGAAGAUGACCAAUGGACUGAAGAUAGUUAUAUAAAUGAUCAUUUUAAAAUUUUAAAAAGAGAGGAGAAAAAUCAA